GAUGCUGUGGGAACAACCUCAAACAGAAGUAGUAGUGGCAGUUAUUAAAUCACCUCCUCAUGCCUUUACUUUGAGGCAUGCAGACUUGGUAACACUACGACCACAUGAACUUCUUAAUGGUGAGGCAAUCGAAUGCUACAUUCGGGCUGCUCUUAAUAAAUUUGAAAAGUCUGGACGUCUGCUCCAGAUGGAUCACUAUGUUACUGGUGUGAUCCUUGAAGGCACAAGACAACAAAUGUCUCGACACCAAAUGAAAAAAGUGGACUUUGACUGUUUUGAUGGUGCAGUGUCUUUUGUAAAUAUCAAUGACAGUCACUGGAGGUUUGUGUAUCUUCAUGCUCCGUCAGCCCAAGUGUUUGUCAUUGACCCUGCUUCUUCAGAGAUUGACCAUGACAUCUCAAAUAAGGCUGCAAUGACUUACCGAUUGUAUUUCAAAAUGCGCCAAAACAUACAAGGCAGGCAGCACUGGAGCAGCAUUAAGUGGACAGCAGGAACCAUAAAGCACAAUGAACAAAAGGACAGCACAAGUUGUGGAGUGUUUGUGAUGCAGAUGGCAAGAAAGGUUGCUGAAAGUUUUCCACAAAUUCCUGCAUCAAUGACCAUAAAUCCAACAAGCAGCAGCAUAAGAAAGCUGCGGGCUGAAAUGGCAGAGACAAUGCUCUCUUCCUCAGAACCAAGAGAUGAGUAUUGCUCAAUCUGUGGACUCAAAGAUGUCCCAAAAACGGCAACAACUGAAGCAGUUGUUAUUGACUGGACCCAAUGUGAGACAUGCAAGCGGUGGUUUCACGAUAUCUGCAUUACCCUAAAUAAAAGUAACUCCCCAGAAACUGACUUGCCAUGGCACUGUCUUUUAUGUUAAGACAGAAUGAAAAAGGCACCAGGACACAAGGAAAGUAAGAAGACGGAAAGAAAACUAAAUAUAGAGUUACGAUAGAGAUCGUCAAUGUUACAUUUUGAUGUGAUUUUGAAAAUAAUAAUAAAUUAAGAGAAAGAAAUGUCUGAUUUCUUAGCCAUUUAUCGGAUCUCAG